AUGCAGCGACUGACCGCGUCAGGACUCGCAACGCACGCGCGUCGCAGUGCCGCGUUCAGCACAGGCGGCGUCUGGAAACGUCUUGCAGCCGAAGGCCCGACGUUCCAGGACUUUGUCACGCGCAGUCACCGACGCGCAUCCGCUCCUGACAGCAAGCUGGUUCAUAAGCCAGCGUCAAGUCCCGACGAAUCGCUGCAUCAGAUUCGCCAGAUUUUAGCCGAAGUUCGACAAUUUCCACGAGAGGAAACCGUACGACGGCAGUUGGUCGACCACUUUGGGCGCACGCACACUUAUUUGCGGAUUUCGUUGACCGAACGCUGUAAUUUACGAUGUCGCUACUGUAUGCCGAAAGACGGCGUGCCGUUACAGCCGAGUGAGGACCUGUUGACGUCGUUGGAGAUCAUUCGCUUGACGAAACUGUUUGCAUCCUCAGGAGUGACGAAAAUCCGGCUUACAGGCGGCGAGCCACUGCUUCGGCGAGAUUUGAUCGAGUUAGUGACUCAACUACGAGCGAUUCCAGGCAUUGAGUCCGUGGGAAUCACGACAAACGGUAUUUUGCUGCGGAAAAAGCUGCUGGCUUUGCAGCGAGCAGGUGCAGAUCGACUCAACAUUAGCUUGGAUACGUUGAAGCCAGUCAAGUUUGCGCACAUUACGAGACGACAGGGAUUUACACGGGUGAUGAACGCGAUCGUCGAGGCACAGGAGCUAGGAUUCAGUCCGCUCAAGAUUAAUUGCGUGGUCCAGCGGCAUUUCAAUCUGGAUGAGGUUGUCGACUUUGUGGCCUUUACGGAGAAUCAUGCCGUAGAUGUUCGUUUUAUCGAGUGGAUGCCAUUUGACAGCAACCGAUGGAACGACGAGACCUUCGUGGCCUUCAGUGAGAUGAUGGAGACGAUCGAGACUGCGUUUCCCAAUGUCGAGAAGCUGCAGGACGGCGCGAACGAUACAUCGAAAGCUUAUCAGGUGCCUGGUUUCAGAGGACAGUUUGGAUUCAUCACAUCCAUGAGCGAGCAUUUUUGUGGCUCGUGCAAUCGUCUGCGUUUGACUGCUGAUGGAAACCUGAAGGUCUGUUUGUUCGGAAGCGCUGAAAUCAGUCUGCGAGAUGCUGUGCGCAGCAACGUUGCCGACGAGGACAUUGGAGAUAUCAUCGACGUGGCAGUGAAGCGUAAGAAGUUUGCGUUGGGCGGUCAUGGGGACAUGUAUGGUUUAUCAAAAGCGAAGAACCGUCCGAUGAUCCUGAUCGGAGGAUAG